AUGUACAAACUAAAACCCUUAUUAGUGAUUGGGUUCGCAUACUAAUUAGCAGCUUAAUAAUUUACGAUAAGCUCUUUUGUUUAAACCAUUGAUGACUGCUUAAGAUUCGGUGAACUAAUCGAUUAUACUUACAAUCUCGAUAUUACAGCUUCAUUAUAAAAACCUUAUGGAAAUCAAUACGAAUUGGUACAAUGCGAUUUUGCAGGAAUUUGUCCAGAUAGUAUACUUAAAACAACUUGUGUUUGGCAAAGAUAUUUAUCAGUCGAUUGUUCAGGAUCUACGAAUUCACCUCGUAUUAAAAUCUUUUCUAACUCUUUGCCCAACCAUUGUUAUUUCGCAUAAACUUCAUACCCGAUUGGUUCAAGUUCAAGCUAUAAUGCUUACGGCUUUGAUGUUGCUUUCAACUAAAUGAUUGGAUCAAUGGCAAUAGCUAGCUAAUAUGGGGAGGAUGAGACAGUUUAUAAAACCAAUCUCAGAACUGAAACAGAUCUCAAUAGUUAACUUUGCUCUGAUUCCUGGUCAAAGGCUAGUGAAGUCGAUUCUGCUGCUGGUUAUAAUGAAUUUAUUUGGGAUACAAAUGCCGACUAAGCCACAGGUUAAUGGAUUACCGAAGCUAAUGCACCUAAUUAUCCAUUGCUAAGAAUGCCUAAUAGUAAUAGAAUAGUUGGAAUCGCCUUAAAUGGAGUCUUUUUCUUCACUGGUACUUCAGAAUAAGGAUAUGAUGCAUUCUUCCCUAAAAAUUAUAAUCUUGGAGGAAAAGUAGAUAAAGUAGCUGUAGAUCAGUGCUUAGGAUCAGCUUAAUCACAUAAUACUUAUAGGUAUCAUAUGUAUUCUCCAUGUAUCUACACCGGUAUUAGCUUAAGAGAUUUUCCAGCUUCAUGUUCUUUAAUUGCUUCUUGUGAUGAAGAUGUGACAGUUUAUGCAACUAAAAAUACUCCAGUUGAAAGACGCACAAUCACUCCUAUUGGACUGGCAAAGGAUGGCAGAGUCAUCUAUGGUCCUUUCAAAAUGAACGGAGAUUUAUGGCAACCAUGCGAUGUUGAUGUUUGUAAUGGAAGAUUGUUUGGAACGAGUUAUGGGUAUGUUACAACAAUGUUCCAUCCAUAUACAAUCUCUUGUUUCGGUCCAGGAAAUAAGCUCUAUCAUGCCAAAGUAGGCUGCUCAUAAAGACCUAGAGAAUGUACGAACGCUGUUUCUCUAUUUAGUAGCUUCGUCAUUUCUUUUGGAUUUAUAAUGGGAGCUCUAGCCCUAAUCUUUUGA